GACUGAAGAAGAUUUGAUUUAGAGCCGAAAGCGUCACUUUCCAUGUCCAUCGAAUCGUUGAACUGUGGAUGGAAAUUGAAUUUAAAACCAACUGCACACUUUUCUUCAAGAAUUUGAUUUUGAUAUUUAUGGAGUUUCAGGCUGCUGCUUUUUUUUUCCCUGGUCUACCAUUUGACGCAAACAACUCUCCUCCAAUUUGUUUUUAUUAAUUUAGUGAUGUCAAAAGGGAUUGUUGUUAUUAUUAUGAUUGUUAUAAUUACAUAAUUGUUGUCUGAGCUUGCAGAUCAAAUUUCCCAUUUUUAAAACUUGACCGUUCGUGGAGAUAUACAUAUACUUUCAUAUACUUCUCGUAUCCCCACGUCCUAGAUCUCAGCAACCCUAACAUGAACCCGCUUUUCUCUCCCCUCUUUUCUUUUUCUCUUUUUCUAAUCUACUUCUCUUGCUUCCACAGUCUUGCCUCCUAAUCAAGAUUCAACCUUCCUUUUUUAAUCACAUUUAUUGCUUAUAAGAGUAAAGACCCAUGUAGAAUAUCUAGUCUAAAUCCAUCUCAAUCUUGCCUCUUUUACAUUUUUGGUUCCUGAAUGGAUUUUUUUUUUUAAAAGGUGUUUAGGGGUGAGUUCAGAGAAAUAAUAUUUUGGAGUAUUCUUCCUUUUAAUCUUGAGGCCUUUUGAAUUUUUAAAAUUCUUCAAGGGGGAAUUUUUCAAAAAUGAGGAACCUUUUUCUUUCCAUACAUGAUAAGUGGUGCAUUUAACGUUUUAUCCUUUUGGCCUCAAAAUCUGAUUGUCCUCUUCUGUUGGAUGAAUAUGACAAAUUCCUGGGUAUAAAAUUAUGAAAUCUAAAUAUAGGUGUUGGUUGAUGCAUUUGCCAGAUGUUAACACUCUACAUUUGCUUCUGCAGUGUUUGAGUUCCAUUUGCUUUCUCUUUGGGUUACAUUUUCUUUUUGCUUUGAGUUAUGUGUAAGAAAGAAAUUUCUGGAUCUACGGUCAAGAAAAUUCAGAAAUCCUGAAAAUGGGUAGGUUGGUUUUUCUCUUUUCUUCACAUUUAUAACAAAAAUUGAUCUUUUCUUUAAUCAGAUUCUCCACCAUAUUCAGUUUCAUUACCUUUACCUUUUCAUUCAUUUCCCUGAAAGCUAUUCCCAUUCUGUGUUUUCCAUGCUAAGUUAGAGCUUUAGAAAGUGCAGAGAGAGAGAGAGAGAGAGAGAGCGCAGAGGAUAGCAGAGAGAGAAAGUAGAGGCUUUACCUUGUGUUUUCAAAUGGGGCAUUCUGCAGUUGUGUGGGAUCAUAGAGCUGCAAUUGAGAUAACAAAGGAUUGGAAUGGCGUUGAUCAGGUUGUGCUUCGAAAUCCACACGGGGCUUCAGCAAGGGUUAGCUUGCAUGGAGGUCAAGUCACCUCAUGGAGGAAUGAGCAAGGGGAAGAACUGUUGUUCACUAGUACCAAGGCCAUCUUUAAGCCACCAAAAGCAAUGCGUGGAGGAAUCCAAAUUUGUUUUCCCCAAUUUGGAAACUGUGGGCUACUAGAACAACAUGGAUUUGCAAGGAACAAGAUUUGGGCAAUUGAUGAUAAUCCUCCACCUCUGCAUCCAAAUGAUUCAGAUGGAAAAUCUUUCAUUGACCUAAUGCUUAAACCAUCUGAAGAAGACUUGAAGUUCUGGCCCCACAGUUUCGAGUUCCGCCUUAGGGUGUCGCUCACUGCAGAUGGAGAUCUGACAUUUAUAUCACGAGUGAGGAACAUCAAUGGCAAGCCAUUUAGUUUCUCAUUCGCAUAUCAUUCGUAUUUGUCAGUUUCUGACAUAAGUGAAGUGAGGAUAGAAGGGCUGGAGACACUUGAUUACCUUGACAAUCUCUGUCAAAGGGAGCGGUUUACCGAACAAGGAGAUGCAAUAACUUUUGAAUCUGAGGUAGAUCGAAUUUAUCUUGGCUCUCCUAAAGUGAUCGCUGUCCUUGAUCAUGAAAAGAAGAGAACAUAUGUGAUAAAAAAGGAAGGACUGCCAGAUGUUGUUGUAUGGAAUCCCUGGGAGAAGAAAUCAAAAUCUAUGGUAGAUUUCGGUGAUGAGGAGUACAAACAGAUGCUAUGUGUUGAUGGGGCAGCAGUUGAGAGAUCCAUCACCUUAAAGCCUGGAGAAGAAUGGAUGGGAAGGCUGGAGCUCUCCGUCGUGCCUUCAAGUUUCUGCAGUGAUCAUUUUGAUAUUCGGAGGAGAGACUUUUGAUGAACAAUGAUCAAAAGUUUUCAAGAGCAAAAAGAUCUCACAAUUGGCGCUGGAUAAAGUUUUGAAGUAGACGUAGCCAGUUGUUGACUUGUUGAAAGUUGUAGAAACUGAGUGUUUAAUUAUAUAUAUUUACUCUCCUAAGCCAUAUCUUGCUGAAUAGUUGAAAAAGGAAAAAUGCA